CAGGCGGAACGUGAUGAGGUUUGUUACCCUGACAUCCUGAAGGCUGAUGAAAAUGGACGAUCUGGAGAAACUAAUCUUCAGGAGGAGCUGCAGGUGUUUCGAGCAUGCUGGAUGUCCGAACUUACUCCAGGAGGGAGUUCUUCAGGAGUAGAGGCUCAGUCCAAUAAAGUACUGAGAGGAUCUCUUGGGAAGGUCUCAGAUACCAAAGCUAAACAAGAACUGGCCAAGGAGGAGAUGGCCAGAGAACUUUUUCUUAAAGCUGCAGAGCAGGAGCAAAAUGGAGCACUCUAUGAAGCUAUCAAGUUUUACCGCCAAGCCAUGCAGCUUGUGCCUGACAUUGAGUUUAAAAUUAAUUACAACUGGUCCCCUGAUGGCGAAGGGAAAAAC